CCUUAGGACAUACUUCUAGGUGCCUUGGUUGUUUUCAAUUCAUUUGAUUCUCUCAGCUCUUGCUUUCGAAGCCUUUUUCCUUCCGAUAUAUUUGCUAAGAAAAAUCGUUCUUAUAUCAUACUGAACAAUAAAGGAAUUUGAAAAUGCCUCCGAAAAAAUCGCAAAAAUCUACCACUAAAGGACCCUUUUUCUUCUUUAUGAGGGAAUUCAAGUCCAAGCAAGAAGCAGCCGGUCAUCAUUUCAAGGGUGGGAUGAUUGAGGUUAUGGAAAAAGCAGGUCCGCAUUGGGAUAAGCUAGCACCAUAUGAACGCGAACCUUACAAUCUAAUGGCGAAAAAGUACAAGGCAAACCCGAAAGAUCUAGUUGGCGAACGCUUCACCACUCAAGGCAUUCCAUUUUCCACCGUAGACAACGAUGCCCUCAAACGCCGACAAAAGGACAAGGAAAUACAAACGAAUAUCACUAAAAUGAUAAAUUCGGCUGUUUCCGCCAACGCAUUGGAGGAUUUAGAGUUGUUCUUUAUAUCGUGUAACUAUUUUUGCGUUACGACUGCAAAUAAUUUCGUACCGGCCGAGCUGGGUAUUGUUAAGUACAGUCUAGCAAAUGGAAUUAUUGACAAGAUGAAUAUCCCCAUUAAUCCUCUGGAAAUACCGCUUGGAAUGGCGCACGACGCUGAGUUGCAUACGAGUGAAACACAUCAGCUGCCGUUGCCACCUGAUUGUGAAGGGGAAGAUGAUUAUGAGAAAAUAUUGAAAGAGAUAUUCAAAUUUACUGGAUAUUCGUUCAGCAAGGGAGGAUUACCACCGUUUUUCACAAUGAACAAGGAAAUGACAACAGUAGAGAAUAUUAUGUUGACAUUUUUGGAAACAACUGAGAUUGAAGUAGCUUCCGUUAAAAUUUAUCCAUUGAUCGAUCUUUUCUUUCUUUUGAAACGCGCAACCGAGAACUAUGGAUUGGAUAUAAGCACAUUUCCCUCGGUUCACAUGGCUAAAGGAAUAUUGGAGAAGGACAUCUAUGCCUACACGAAUGGUAUAGGUUGCGAGUACCACGAAACGCUCGGUAAUCCAAUCACAUGUACGUUGUCGAAAUGUACUCGUUGGGCGUAUACUAUUUCCGAUAGCUGCUGUUUGGAUUUGGGAAUCGAAAUGGAAAAAGGAAGGCAUCUGCCGGAGAACAUGACAAUGCUUACUGAUGUAACUGAAACAUUGUCCUGCAUUUCGAUGCGUUUAAGCAAAACAACAUUAAACUCGGAUGUAACGCAACACAGUGCGCAAUCUUGUCAAAAUGUGUCUAAAGUUGAAGCUGACAAUGAGCAGGGCAAUUCAGCUAUCUACAGCAGUCGUAUUGGAACAAAAGCAAAGCCAUCGAAAAACGAAAAAGGCUUCAAUGAAACAAAUCCGUUUCACAACGACAAGUAUAAAAUGGAAGCAAAGACAAAACCAAAUCCGUGGUCUCGCAAAACUAAGCUUAUUGAAUCACGUGUCCCACAAGAAGUCGAAACAACGGUAAUUGGAAGAGGAAGAGGUACACUAGCGAAAGUUUCCGUUGGGCGAGGUAUGGGUUUGAAUGUAACACCCUUUUUGAAACUUCGAGCAGGACAGCUAAACAACGAAUGAAUACUAUUAACAUGACAAUUUUAUGCGAUACGCAUGUAUUCUCGUUCCAAUAUGUUUCACGUAUAUUAACCGUUAUCAUAUACUA